AUGCUUGAACCUGUUGCCAAGACUAGGGCUAUAUCAGGGACUUGCAGCCCGUGUUGGAAUCAGGUGCGUCCCCAGACCUUUUAGGUGGCAAAUUGGCGGCAUUUUAUCAUGCCCAGGUUCAUUCCCGUUAUGUGUUGAUUUGGUAUAUUAAUUACCGUGAAUUGUUUUCAAGACAGUUACUGGGCAAUUCGGGUGUGAGUUUGUCCGGUAUGCCGUUAGUUCUUUCAUAACACCACUAAAUAUGACUAACAGCGUAUUGGCCGUAGACGGUAAGAAGGAAGCCAUGCUUUUCGGUUCAAAUGAUCGAGCACUAGAUGUCUGCUAACGUAUGGUCAUAAGUUUGAGGACCAUGCUUACUCUCUAGAAAUCCGACUACUUCAACGAUAUGAAACGACUAAGGUGUAAGAAUGACGCCAUUUUCUAAUUUGGGUGGAGGGAGAACUUUUCGCGUCGUUCAACUCAAUCAGGUCCGACUCUUAACCGAUGACCAAUCCCGCUGUUCAAGUAUGAUUGCGCCAACGACCAUUUAUUCACUGACAAACUCCUGGAUCUGACGGAAAAUCAGAAGACUCAACUUCCCAAUCAAAACUACUCUAAGUUCCGCAAAUACUCCCAUGUUAUAAUUGGAAAGUCAAGCUGGCAAACACGUGUUUUCGGUAAUUCGUCAUUAGGCCAAUACAUUUAUAUGGAUGAAUGGAAGUGUACAAAAUUAACACUGUUUACAGGUGUCUCGCACAUUUAGUCGAUACGAAUCACUGGGUCGAUGGCAAGGAAGCAUUUCAGAUUGUCUACCAGACACCAGCGAGCUUCUCUAAAGGCCUACGCGAACGGGCGCUAACAACGUCCGAGGCAGUGGUUAUACGGCUGGCCAAUCCAGUGCUAUGCUGUAAGAAGACGCUGACACACGCUCUGUCCACCGUGGCCAGCGCCAACUUUAGGUGAUGGCGACGUGCCGCCCAAAAUCCCUAAUUACAGUGAUGCGUACUCCGUGUACUCAAUCUAAGAACAUCACUCAAAAGCUCUCUUAGCCUCCCUUCCCUAGCCCUAAGGACCAAAACCCAUCGGCCUCAUCGUGCGGGCGGCGUGAAGGAGAUGAGUGUCAAUGACUUAAUAGGCCUUGAGACACCUAUAAACACUGUUACUUUUGUAUAUUUUAAUGCCCCCAUGUCAUUGUAUUGAACUGAUGAAGAAUUACUGAAAACACGUGUUGGACAACUUAACUUACAACUACUCUAACCGAAAGCCAUACGUCAGUGAAAUACACUACUUACUCUUCCAUUUGUCCGUCGGACCCCAAUCUCGAAAAAGAACAUCGUGCCCGCAGCUCGAAUGACGCUGUCUUUAUGCCGAUUUUCUUGAACCGCGACCUUCUGCUGUGGAGGAACUAUCAACGUCUGUUUGACCGUACCGCUAAAAUAUUGGCCCUCAUCCUUAUCCCUUGCAUCUGUGUGUGUACUCUGGCGCGCAAAUAAGAGGAAUUAAUGCAGCCUUUUGGUGGCGGGGAGUUGUCUUUAUGUUUUGACGUGCCCUCGAGUGCCAUUACAUUGAGCGGCAGUACACUGUCAGUGUGUUGGAGAAUUUAACUGUUACGUUUGAGGUUUUUUAAUUUGCUCGCUUGAUUAUUCAUGUAACCAAACGUCCUAGGACUUACUGAUAUUUUUCUUAAAGUAUCUAAUUCGAUCUAUCAAUUGUUGCAGCAGUGUCUUAUGAGCAGUAUGGAUCUGCGGAUAAUUAAUAUGAAAUGAUGCCUUUAUCUGUUUAAGGGGGAGUACUAGUGUUUCCGGUUAAAGUAUUUUGUUUUCUGAAAUCGAAAAAUUUUAAUCCUUCAACCGCAACAGUGGAAAAAGCGAUUUUCUGCAAAUAAAGUAUGAUAAGCUCACUUUUUUGAAGUUGAUUCUGAUGCAAUGGUUGAUUUUCUGCAGGCAUCCAUGCCAUUAGAGCUUUGUACACCACCUAUGCAAUAAAUGUUGCCAGGUGUAAUUUACACGUGUGGAUGAAAAUUAGUUCAAAUAAACGUGAGCAUUUUAUCAUGCACGCGCGGUCGAAAUUUAUGAAACCCUUGUCCAUAGCUUUUAAUACACCAGCAUAGAAGAGGCUAUUACUUACGGCAGCGUGCAUAUUUAUAAGUAAGCAUAUUUCUGGACACUAAAUAAAACGAUACUAAUGGCAGAUUGCUGCGUAAGCAAUAUGUACCCCUUCCAUGGUUUCCGAACAAUCGUACGAAUGCAAUCAUGAUUCAUGGAGAACAUACAUAAUGAUUAAUUAAUUUUACUUUUUUAAAUGGAAAAUUGAGCAUUUUUCAAUGUUUGCCAUCAAGUAAAGUAGCCAAUCCGAUUUUCAAAUCUCUGAUAGGAGUUUUUUUGAUCCUUAAAUUUAAAUAUUUGGCCAAUUACUCUAUCCCUCCCGUUUAAUUAUUGCCAUUCAUCAAGUUUGCGACAUUAUUUAUACCUAGUGCUACACUAUGACUAUUCGAAGAUCUUUUUGUAGAGAUGUGUCGCGCCACAUAAAUCUGCCUCGGAGAACAUGCAAAGCAUAUUUUUAAAGACCUUAGGGGCAGUAGACAAGAUGAUGUGAAAAUGUGCACGUAUUUGUAAAAUGUUUUCAAGGGAAAAGUACACUCUUUACGUACGGCGCUUAGCAAAGGCGUACCUGUCUACGAAUAUAAAGUUAAAUUUUUAUUCGUUUUUUCUUUAAAUGACAUUCGAAUUUUUGUGAACACCGGACCUCAGUAUACACAUGCAUAAUUUCCUCAAAUGUCUGGAAAUAACGUCGUUUAACGUCCAGCAUGUUUUCCCUUCGAAAUUCGUUCAGGGUUAUCUUGUUGACUGCCAAAUUCUACAACUAUUUAUACUAGGCCUGAUAGCAUUUUGUCGAGAACGUUCGGCAAUACUGCCCGAACAACUUUGGGACUGUAUUCUAUGCUAAUUAGUGUUGUAAGCUAGAUUAACUAAUUUGUUAUUUCAGCGUCGUGCAUAAGUAUUUCAGUUAAAGUCUUAUAACUUGCGGAGCCUAUUGUAUUCACCGGAUCAUCGGAUUUUCACAGCCGAGGACUGACAUGUGUGCACAUUUCAGACUGUUUUUGCUAAUUUGCGCUACUAUUUUUAGUUUACACCUGUUCGCAUACUUAGAUUCGGCUUGACGUAAAAAUAUUACGUCUUUGGAUAGUUGUCGACGCGGAAAUCGGAUAUUCCAUGAAUCAGCAUACAGUGAAACAAUCGCAAAAUUAGGCGCGCAUGCGUACGUUUACUCAGGACUCGACUUCAUAAUAAACACUGCAGGAACUUGAGGUGGCUAAGGUGUUACUGCAGAAAAUCUUUGCGCUAAUUCGUCGCAGGCAAAAUAUUUAUUUAAAAUACUGGGCUAGCAAACCAAAAUAGCCUUUUGACUGGUAACCUUACGUCUUCUACCUGCAAACUCCGCAGGCAUCCAAGCAAAGGCAGGAAACAUUUUACAAUUGUUGCCUUGGUUUUUGCAGACCUUCGUAAUUGAACUUGAAUCCUCCCAAUCUGCGUUCUUCGCUCUCUAUCGCCAAUCUACUGUGAUCGCGCAGCUUGAGCUGCCGGCAAGUGUUACUCCUUGUUUCUGCAUUUUGAUCCGCAAAAAUUGGAAUUGGUUCGCAUGCUGA